AUGGGGCGCUACACCGCCAUAGGCAGGCGAGGGAUCGGUCCGCGGGUCGCCAGCACGCGAUUCAUGCGACACCUCAUGCUCGUCGCCGCUGUCACGGCGACACUCCUCUCUGUCGCUCAGUCCAGUGCUGAACCCGCUUCCAACCCCAUGGAACCUGCUUCGGACCCCAUGGAACCUGCUUCCGUGCUUCCUCCUAGUCCCUUUUACUCUACCUCUCAACCGAGCCCAACCACUCACAACUGCACUUGCCCUCCUGUUACCACUACUCCUCCUGAACCCACCCCCUGCUCUCCUGAUACAGUCACCACACUCCCGCGCCAGCACGCCUCCCACGUUAGACGCAAAGCGAAACGCAACAAUCACAAGGCAUCCCUCAAUAAUGGCACAAUUUCAGGCACCAAUAUCACUCCAAGCUCUCCAAAUUCCAACUGCAGCAGCAGCGCCGGCCAAAACCCUACCAAGGGUGACCCGCACCUGAUUGGUCGGCACGGCGAGAAGUUUGAAUUCCACGGCCAGGAUGGAGCGAGCUACUGCCUCGUGAGCGAUCGGAAAGUCCAGAUCAACAUGCAUCUGUUCGCUGGCGCAAAAAAUGGGAGCACAUAUAUUGAUGAAAUCGGGGUGGUAACCAGCUCAGGCAUCAACAUCGUUGUUUCUGCACAGUCAGCAGCUGACGUGUCACCUGAGGGGGUGCAGGGCCAGCUGGAGGUGAACAGUGCAUCGCUUCCAGACGACAUCCUGACCAUCGAUCUGCUCCGGCAUACGGUCAGGGUCGAGCGGCGCAAGGCAAGAAUGCGGGUGCGCGUGCGAGGGGUGGUGGAUCUGACGGUUGACAUUCUUCCUGACCUCUCACGCAAGACCCAUCCCAAUUAUCUGAACAUUCGCAUUGCCAGCCUGCAUGCAUCCCGCAAGGUGCAUGGCAUCAUAGGGCAGACAUACCAGGACUCUGCUUCACGCCUGUCCAGAUUCAGCGAAUCUCAGGGAAAGAACGGGCCAGCGAAAGAGAGGGUCAUUAUUGACGGCACAGAACAUGACUACAAGACGUCGGGUAUUCUGGAUGCUGAUUGUAAGUUCCAGCAAUUUGGAAAGAAAUCCGCUGGCCACCGUCACUCUAAAUAG